AUGGCAAUUAGUGAAACAACACCAUCGUGGGUGAAUCUUAUUACAAAUUGUAAUAACGAUAAUAUAUUAAAAUCACGCACUUGUAAAAUUUAUAAUCGUCAAACACAAGUCUCUCCGAAGGAUUCAAAUAAAGUAUGUCUUUGUGGUCGUUUAAUUCGCCGCCAUAGUUUUUACGAUCAAAAUCUACAACAAGACACAGGAAAACCUAAUAUUCCUAGGAAUCAUCUGACGCAAUUUAAAAAUGAUGAUUCCACUACAGUUCCCAUUACGGUAUAUGGAAGACUAAAACCGAAUGGUUGCAAAUUUGUUCGAGUCGAUUUUAAAACUCAUAUGAAACACAUCUACAAUUUGCUUGUUGAUGAUCAUAGAGGCACAAAUCAUAAACCAAAUUUAAUAUUAGGUGUCUAUGGUGGUUUAAAAUAUUCCAUUAUGGCACAACGAAUUGAGUUAGAAAUUAUAAGUGAUAUUGUCGAGGCUGCUAUAACAGCUAAUGGUUGGAUUUUAACUGAUGGUAUCAAUAGUGGUGUAACAAAAUCAGUCGGUGAAGAUCUAUCUCUUCAUCUUUCAUUAACAGGAUAUCCAAAUAAAGUUAAAUGUAUUGGAUUAACAAUGUGGGGAAUAGUCAAUGAAAGCACACGCUUUCAACUUAAAUAUGAUACCAAGGGCUAUCCAAGAGACUUACUUUAUCGACAAAUUUCUGAUAACGUUGAAGAAAAUCAAGAAACGAUUGAAAAAAAUCAUACACACUGUAUUUUAUUUGAUGAUGGAAGAUUGAAUACACAUCUUGAUGAUUCACGUCGACACAAUUUACUUACAAUAGCAUGUGAAGAUAAAACCUAUACAUGUUAUGCUGUAACAAUCAUUUUUGGAGGAGAUAUAACUACACUUGAAAUUCUUCAAAAUGAUAUUCAAGCAAAACGACCAAUUGUCCUGAUUCAAGAGAGUGGUGGUUUAGCUGAUGUACUUGUGUCAUUGAUCGAAACGACUUCCGAUUCGAAUCAGAGUCAGCAAUUUACUCCAACAGAUGAACAUUUAAAGCAUACAGUGAAUUUAGCCUUUCCGGAUCUUGAUGAAUCAAAUAUCGUUUACGUAAUGAGAGAAAUAAAAUAUAUUUUACAAGAAGCGAAUCGUCAUCUAUUGAAUGUCUUCUCUUUCGAUCACAACAAAAAUGUAACGGAAACAAUUUUUAAAGCUAUCUUUACUGUGAAAAAUAAGCAAUGUGAAACAUAUAAUAUUAACUAUAGAGAAGGCGACGAACAAAAUCAAAACCAACAAUAUGCACAGGAGCUAGAUAAGUUAAUAGAUUUAACACUUGAAUGGAAUUGUUUAGAUGGAGCUUUACCAAUACUGCAAUUAAGACAAAAUACUAUGAAAAAAACAAAUGAUGCGAUUAGUAUGAAAGAGAACGAAAGUUACAAAUUGUUUAAAAAGUCUCUCACAAGGAAUCGUCCAGCAUUUGUUGAAUAUUUUCUUGCUGCUGGUUUUGAUAUACGUACUCUAAUGGAGAUAAAACAUAAACAUCAAGUUAAAAGAAGUCUUUUAGAAUUAUAUAAAGAUACUUAUGGUAGCACAAACCAAAGUCAUGUUCAAUGUGUAAAAACAUUAUUUGAUAGUCCAUCUAUGACAAAUAUAGAAAUGCUUGAUGAAAAAUUAUAUAGACUUGUUGGUCCAUUUAUUGAACCAAUUUAUUCAUCGAAUGGAAAUGAUUGUACAAAACGUAUUUGUAUAGACAUGAAAAGUCUUUUAUAUAAAUAUAGAUGUAGUUGCUGUAAAUCCGAGAAAGAACAUGACAAGUCAUCGCAUGACCCAAAUAAAUCACUUUCUCAUGGAGAUAAUCAAAAUAAUAAUGAAGAAUUUCCAUGUACAAACGAUAAAUUGUUUCGUGAUCUUUUUUUAUGGUCUAUUUUUAUGAAUAUGCCUGAGAUGGGCAAAAUAUUUCUUUUUUAUUUAUCAUCUCGUAUUUGUGCUGCUUUAAUAGCUUCAGCUAUAUUUAAACGAUAUGCUCGAGUAUCGACAAACCUUUAUUUUAAAGAAAAAUUUCAACAACAAGCACUUGAUUUCGAAAAAUAUGCAGCAGGAUUCAUUAAUAAAUGUUCUCAACAGAAUGAAAGAUUAGCAUGUGAAUUACUUUUACGAGAAAUACCACUUUUUGGCAAUAUUACAUGCAUGCAGGUUGCAAUCUCAAGUGAAAUUCAAAAAUUAGUUGCAACAUCUUGUUUUGAUCAAGCAUUGAGUCAAGUAUGGUUCAAUAAAUUAUCUAUUGCAAAUCAUCGAACCUAUGCAAAACCAUUACAAUGUUUUGCCAUAUUAUCUUUUGGUCUCUUAGCACCUAUAAUUAUUCGUUAUCGAGAAGACGAUUUUGAAACAGAACGUAUACCAUUAUGUUCACAUGGGAUAAAUUAUUAUAUAGAUAAGAAAUCAUCUCAAAAUGAUUGUCUUAAAUAUUGGACACGUUUUAUUGAUUUUCAUCAAAGUCCAAUGAUAAAAAUGUGCUAUCAUUUUAUAAGUUACAUAUGGUUUUUACUUGUAUUUAGUUAUAUGAUGCUUUAUCAUCUUGAUAGUCCUGCUUCAUUUACAAUUCCACAUUGGACUGAAAUUUAUGUCAUUAUUACAGUAUCAAGCAUGUUUUGUGAAGAUGUUCGAAAAUUGUAUUUUGCAUAUAAAACGCGCAUGGUUGAACGAUGGCAUUUAACAGGAUCAACUGUUCUAAUGAUGUUAACAUAUAUGUUUUAUGUUAUACCUUAUCUUCUUUUUUAUCUGGGUCUUGGUUUUCGAUAUAGAGCUUAUGAUGAAAAUAUAUUAACUACUGCAAGGAUUAUUUGGGCAUUCGAUCUUGAAUUAUGGUAUAUUGGAUCACUUAAAUUCAUUAUGGGUUUAAAAUCGUUUGGUCCAAAAUUAUUUAUGCUUAAGAAUAUGCUUCGAGAUCUAUCUGGUUUUGUCUAUAUGAUUUUCAUAGCAGUAGCUGCAUAUGGUGUUGUAUCUCGUGCAAUGAUUUUUUACAAGCAAGUUCCAUUUACUUUUCAAGAUAUAGUCAAGAAUAUUUUUUACGAACCAUAUUGGUUUAUAUAUGGAACAGUAACGGAUAAAGAUUUACUCGAUCAGAAACUCAAUAAUGAUACAGAAUCAGUUGCAGCAGAAGCAACAGCUACUCAUGUUUUAUUAGCAUUUCAUAUGCUGUUCAUUAAUAUUCUUAUAUUAAAUUUAUUAAUCGCUGUUUUUACUCAUACUAUUGAUGAAGUGAAAGAAAAUACUCAAUUUUAUUGGCGUUAUCAACGUUAUGCAUUUGUUCGAGAGUAUUUUGAACGUCCACUACUUGCUUAUCCACCAUUGAAUUUAUUGGUCUAUAUCGUACUGGGUUUUAAUGUUCUUCGAUGGAAAUGUUGCCCAAAAUUAUGUCGUAAUCGAGUUGAAGUUGAAGAUCAUCGAUCAAAAUCAAAGGGAAUUAUAGGAGUUUUUAAAAUGAUUCCGGAGAAUGAGUACGAAGGAACUGAUCAAUGGAAUGCAUUUGAAAAUGCAGCUACACGUAGUGAUGUUUUUUCGAUAAUGGAAGAAAAUAAAAAGGUAAAUGUUUUGACAAUGGAUACGAUUCAUUCAACAAAAAUAACAGAUACUGCUGAAUCUGAUGUGAGAAAAUCCAAUUCUAAUGUAGAACAAAGGAUUUCAUACUUGGAUGAAGAAAUAUCCACAAUAAAAUCAAUUGUUAAUGAUAAUAAAAAAAAUAUUCAAAUGAUUCAUCGACAACUAACAAAUCAAGUGCAACAGGUAACAAAUGAAAGUGAUUUGUUUUUUUUUCUUGUUUCGAUUACUAAAUUAGGGCUUUGUAUUCAGAUCAAUGAAUCAUUGCAAUUAAUAAUGAAUGCGAUGGAACAAUCGAAAAAUAAAUGA